AUGCCAACAACUUCUCCUCAAAUUUGUGCACGUACCGGAUGUAAUAAGUCAAUAUACAUUGAAACAGGUGGUUUCAAGCAUCCUUAUUGUGGAAGAACAUGUGCCACUAACAUUAUCAGCAAAUCGAAUGCAUGUUUUAAUCCAAAUUGUACACGACAAAAGUAUAUAGGUCCAAAUAAUGUUCAAUUUGACUAUUGUGGAAGAAGUUGCGCAAGACAACAUCUUAGUUCAAAUGCACUUUCUGCACCUACUUGUUCUCGAACAAGCUGUCCUAAACGCGUAUAUACGGAUCCCCAAAAUAAGGCCAAGUUUCAUGCUUUUUGCUCUAAAAAUUGUUAUUGGUUAGAAUGUUCAACAUUAACCAACACAAAGUUAAGCUUAUUAAACGCAAAUGAUUUAGAUCACAUUUGGGCUCAUCAACGAUUCAUUUCAAUGUUACCUCAAGCUAAGAUUAAAGGAAUCUUUCGACUUCAAAUGCCCAAGAAUUUGGUUGAUGCUCAUCAAAAUCUUAAGAAACAAAUUGCUACGCAAAAUAAUUUGCCGUUGAAUAGAGUUACUCAUAAAAUGUUUCAUGGCACUAAACAUUCUUGUGAUCCUCUUCAAUAUAUUAACCGUCCUUCACCAGUUUGUUCAAGUAAUUGUGGACUAUGUGGAAUUGUUUCUAAGGGAAAUGUUUCUACUUUCUCAAAGUAUAAUGGACAAAUGUGGUUUGCCAACAAUGCUUCGAUUUCUUUGGGAUAUUGCAAUGGAGGAACUACCAAUGCUAUUUUUAUGGUAGAUGUUUUGGCACCAACUGCCAAUUCUAUAUUGAUUGUAAGUCAAAAUGCGGCUACUCUGCCACGUUUUAUGGUCGUGUUUCAAUAA